AUACUUUCAUUUCAUGUAAGCUUUUUGUCAUGGAAAAUCCAAGGGCUUAUUUGAAAGUGUCUUUGAAAUAACUGCAAGUGCUUUGAUGAGAGUACUUAACCAAUUCUUAUAUGUCAGAGCAGGUCUUUCUCCAUCUUCAAGAACAAGUCUCCAUCUUCAAGAACAAGAAGUUCCGUGUGAAUUUUCCUUUAAAGUUGGACGGUUGAUAUACACUCUCCUGAAGAAGUUAUUAUUCCUUUAAUUUUAGUCCCGAUUUGUUAGCGAGCCAUCUCUCCUCUCUCUAGUUCCAUACUUCCAUUCCAUCGGAGCAUGCUUUUCUCCAUCUUCAAGAACAAGAAGUCUCGUGUGAAUUUUCCUUUAAAGUUCGACGGUUGACAUUGCUCAAGCUUCCCCGUAACAUUUGCUUACUUGUUCUUGGAUUGGGUGCCUCACUUCACUCUUUCAAUCUUGAUACCUUGCUUUCUCCUGAAGAAGCUGUUAAUAAACAUGAUCCCGAAGAAGUUCUUAUAAGCUAUGUCACUAGGAGAGGUCUUUAUUUCUGGAUUACUCCAAGUGUUACUUGAAAGGUUGACAUCUCGUGAGACGCUGAGCUACUUUAGACGCCUACUUGGCGUUGGCAAAGAGCUAGACAAAUGGAAUUCAAUGUUGUUUGCUAUUCAAGCGGUACUGAAUGACGCAGAGGAGAAGCAGUUGACAAGCCGAGCAAUGAAAUUGUGGCUGGAUGGUCUUAGAGACUUGGCUUAUGAUGUGGAGGACAUAUUGGACAAGUAUUCAACCGAGAUAUUGCGACGCCAAAUAAAGAAGAAACAUUGGGCUACCACAAGCAAAGUAUGGGGAUUGUAUUCUGAUGUUAAAUUUAACUAUAACUUGAGCUCAGAAAUAAAGAAGAUUACUGAUCGGUUACAUGAGAUAAUGGAACGGAAAAACCAACUUGGUUUAAAUGAGGGGACGCCAUCUACUAAGGAAUGGCAUGUGUCACCAAGUUCCUAUCUACCAGAAGGACCCGUGAUUGGAAGGGAUACAGACAAGACGAAGAUUAUUGACUUGUUGUUGAAAGAAGCACCCCGUGUCGUCAACUUUCAUGUAGUUGCCAUUGUCGGUAUGCCUGGAGUGGGAAAGACAACACUUGCAAGGCAUGUUUAUGAUGAUGACGCGACAAAAGAGUUUAGCCUAAAAGUAUGGGUAUCCGUGUCGGAUGACUUCAAUCUUGAAAGAGUGACAAAGGCAAUUCUUGAAUCUGCCACAUCUGGUCCAAUGCCGGAAUUCAAGGAAUUCAACAAGGUUCAAGAAAGUUUGAGUAAGGAGCUAGCAGGAAAAAAGUUUCUAAUUGUUUUAGACGAUGUUUGGAAUACAUGUGUCUAUGAUUUAUGGAUAAAAUUGCAGUCCCCCUUUCGUGUUGGAGCAUUAGGAAGUAAGAUAGUUGUGACAACACGUGAUGCAAAGGUUGCAAACAUGAUGGGAUCCACUGUUUAUCAAUUGGAUUGCAUGACAGAUGAUCAAUGUUGGGAAGUCUUUGAGCAACAUUGCCUUUUGGACUUUACCAAAAGGCCGCAAAAUUUUAAGUUGGUUAAGGAGAAAAUUGUUGCAAAAUGUCGCGGAUUGCCAUUGGCUGCAAGGACUCUUGGAGGUCUUCUACGUUGUAAACAAGUUGAAGCAUGGGAGGAAAUCUUAAACAACAAGAUGUGGAGUUUAUCAGACGAUAGUGGCAUUCUCCCGGUAUUAAAAUUGAGCUAUCACUAUCUCCCUUCGAGUUUGAAACGGUGCUUCGCCUAUUGUUCCCUACUUCCGAAUGACUAUGAGUUCGGGGAGAAGCAGUUGAUCCUUCUGUGGAUGGCAGAAGGUUUGAUUCAACAAAGAGUAGAGGACAAGAAACAACUGGAAGAAGUAGGCAGUGACUAUUUUCAAGAGCUAUUGUCCAGGUCAUUAUUUCAAAAGGCAAGCAAAAGCAAUGAUAAGUAUGUAAUGCAUGACCUUGUUGGUGAGUUGGCGCGGUGGGCUGCAGCUGAAAUAUGCUUUUCAUUGGAGGAUAAGGGAAAUGAUGACUUGCAUCCAAUGGCUCGUCAUAUGUCUUAUAUUAUUGGUAAGUAUGAUGGGGUUAAAAAAUUUGAGGCCAUUUCAAGAGUUAAACAUUUGAGGACAUUCUUGCCGCUUCCACAAUCAAGGUAUAACUCUCUAACUCGUAGGGUUACAUUUGAUCUAUUGCCAGAACUGCGAAUCUUACGGGUGUUUUCUUUGAAUGGCUAUGAAAUAACUGAGCUGCCCAAUUCCAUUGGUAAUUUGUGGAAUCUACGGUAUCUGGACCUUUCUUAUACAAAAAUAAAGAGUUUGCCUCCAUCAACAACCACUCUUUGCAAUCUGCAAACAUUGUUAUUAGAAGGUUGUUCUGAAUUGGAGGCAUUGCCCGCAAACAUGAGUAAUCUAAUUAAUUUGCGGCAUCUCAACAGUUCCAGUGGAUUGGACAGAAUGCCUCCGCAUCUAGGUCGAUUGACGAAUCUGCAAUCCUUGUCGUAUUUUGUGGUAGGCAAAGGUAGUGAUCAGUCUGGAAUAAGAGAGAUAGGGUCCCUACUGCAUCUCCGAGGGACAUUGUGCCUCUCAAGAUUGGAGAAUGUGGUUGAUGCUAAGGAUGCUAGCGGGGCCAGGUUAAUAGACAAGGAGAGGCUUGAUUCGUUGAAGCUGGAAUGGUCUGAUUUGAGCGGAUCGAGGGAAAUGGAGUUGGGUGUGCUUGACAUGUUAAAACCUCCUAAAAAUCUCAAAGAGCUCACCAUUGAGGGUUAUGCUGGAUUGAAAUUUUCAUCGUGGAUUGGAGAUCCUCUGUUCUCUAACAUGGUCCGUGUAAGCUUAUACAAUUGUGCAAGUUGUCAUCUCUUGCCACCAGUUGGACAGUUGCCUUGCCUUAAAGAACUUUAUAUCAGGGGAAUGACUGCCGUGGAAAUCGUUGGUCCUGAAUUCUACGGAGAGGGUAGCUUGCCUUUUCGAGUAUUAGAGAUUCUUCAGUUUUCGAGCAUGCAACACUGGGAGAAAUGGCUGCCUUUCGAUCAGGAUAAGGGAAGUGGUGUUUUCCCUAGCCUAAAAGUGCUUUCAAUCAGAAAGUGCCCUAAACUGGAGGGCGAGUUGCCGAAGAAACUUAAUUCGUUAGCAAAGCUUGAGAUUGUUGGAUGCAAGGAAUUGGUGGUGGAAAUUGCCAAUUAUGAACACGCGAGUGAAGUAAGCAUCCAUGGCUGCAAAGCGCUUGUGCAUACUAGCGCAGAGGUUGACUUUAAGUUAUUAGAGACCAUGCGGCUUUCAAAUAUUUUGGAGCCGCAGUUGGGAGCAGGGGGACUUACGAAAGGAUUGGGCAAGAUUAAGGAGUUGAAGAUUAGUGGUUGUGAGGAGCUGACGUCUUCACUGGAAAAAGAGGAUAGAUGUUUCCCACACCUGAUUUCUCUUGUUCGUUUGGUUAUUGAAGGCAACUCUGCCCUUGUUGAAGGUCUCGGAAAAGAAUUGGAGGGGUUGCUGCAGGUUCCAAUUUUAGCUUGUAAGCUUGAAUAUCUGAAAAUAAACAAAUGUGAACGUCUUUCGAAGCUGCCGAAGGGGUUGCAUCAGUUGUCGUUUCUUCAAGAGCUUCACAUAAAUGACUGUGAAAGUCUAGUUUCUUUUCCAGAUGUUGGCCUGCCACCUUCUCUUAAAGUCUUGGAGAUUAAACACUGUAAGUCUCUGACGUAUAUUGCAAAAUACCAGAUUCCCCAAAAUCUGAAAAGAAUAGAGAUAUGGUUUUGUGGAAGUUUGAAAUCAUUAGUGGAGGAGGAGGAGGAGCUCGUUGUUUCUUGUUCAUCUUCUUUUUCUGUUUCUCUUGAGCACUUGGAGGUAUAUUAUUGUCCAUCUCUGACAUCGUUAUCACUGAGAGGCCAGCUUUACAGGGCGCUUAAACACCUUCAAAUAAUCGAAUGUGAAGGGCUACAGUUAAUAGCAUCAGACCGGUUCUUCCACGACAAUACUAAUAAUUGUCUUGAAUAUAUUAACAUUGUCAGGUGUCCAAAUCUGAAAUCCUUACCGGAGGGCCUAUGCCACCUCACCAAUCUUCAAGCUUUUACUGUUAGGGGCUGCAGAAAAUUGGAGGUGUCACCGGAAGACAUUCGCAAUCUCACGUCUCUUAAGGAAUUGGAGAUUGACUGCUUGGAAGGUUUGACUUCCUUUCCUCCCAACCUCACAUCACUUGGAAUUUAUGAAGUCAAGAGUUGUAAGCGGCUCUUGGAGUUGGAGUGGGGGUUGCACAAACUCACGUCUCUCAAAUCUUUGUCGAUCGGAAGUAAAGAUCCAGAUGUGUUGUCAUUUCCACCUGAUGGGAAGGAGGAGAUGCUGCUCCCCAAAUCUCUCACUGCACUCACAAUUAGUGGCUUCCCAAAUCUGAAGAAACUCAACAAUGGCAUUCAAUUCCUCACCUCUCUUCAGACUCUGCAACUAAUUGAUUGUCCAAAGCUCGCAUCCAUUCCAGACGAAGGUCUGCCUCUUUCACUUGGGGAACUUUCGAUCGUCAAGUGUCCUUUACUGAAAGAGAGAUGUCAACCUGGAAAAGGACGAUACUGGCCCAAAAUAUCCCGCAUUCCUUGCCUAUAUAUAGAUUAUGAGACGCUCUGAAGCUCCAGCUUUCUCCAGGCAGCGGGUUGAGCAACCUGGUCCUUGGUGCGUGCAUGCUUGACACAUGAACCAGUUCCGGCACAAGUCCAGAAUUGAGCUUAUGCAGACAC